AUGGCGACGAGAUUGUCUCUCACUUCUCGUAGUCGGCUUCUACGGACACCUCUCUCAUCAGCUCGUCUCUUAGCUCCGAUACCGCGGUCAACUACCCUCCCCCGCGUAUCCCCUCUGGCUCGAUCUCCCUUCUAUACCACCCCAAUUACUAUCCGCCACUAUGCCAAAGGCCGCCCGCAUCCGCCCGGGGGUACUCACCGAAUGGACAUGAGUGGCGAACCCGAGAAAUCAGCCCUCGAACAGUACGGCGUCGACCUCACAGACAGGGCAAAAGCUGGAAAAUUGGACCCGGUCAUUGGACGUGAUGGAGAGAUUCACCGCACUAUUCAAAUUCUGUCUCGGCGGACUAAAAACAACCCUGUGCUGAUCGGUGCUGCUGGAACUGGAAAGACCGCAGUUCUCGAAGGUUUGGCCCAGCGCAUCGUACAAGGAGAUGUCCCUGAGAGUAUUAAAAACAAGCGUGUCAUAACGUUAGAUCUUGGCUUGUUGAUUGCGGGUGCCAAGUUCCGCGGUGACUUCGAAGAGCGGCUGAAGAAUGUGCUGAAAGAGGUGGAAGAUGCGCAGGGAAGUGUGAUUCUUUUCAUUGAUGAGCUUCAUACGCUGCUGGGACUGGGAAAGGCUGAAGGCAGCAUUGAUGCUAGCAACUUGUUGAAGCCUGCUCUGUCUCGAGGUGAACUCCAAUGCUGUGGAGCCACCACUCUCAAUGAGUAUCGCUUGAUUGAAAAGGAUGUGGCUCUUGCCCGACGGUUUCAACCCAUCCUUGUGAGCGAGCCAUCGGUCCCUUCAACCAUUUCUAUCCUUCGUGGCAUCAAAAACAAGUAUGAAGUGCAUCAUGGUGUACGAAUCACCGAUGGUGCGUUGGUCGCCGCGGCAACAUACAGCAAUCGUUACAUCACCGAUCGCUUUUUACCUGAUAAGGCCAUCGAUCUGGUAGACGAAGCUGCAUCAGCUCUUCGCUUGCAACAAGAGUCAAAGCCCGAUUCAAUUCGAGAACUGGAGCGUGAUAUUACCACUAUUCAAAUCGAGCUUGAAUCUCUUCGCAAAGAAACCGAUGUUGCAAGCCGAGAGCGACGAGAGAAACUCCAAGAAGACCUACGGUUAAAACAGGCUGAUGCUGGAGAGCUCACCAAGGCAUGGGAAAAGGAGAAGGCUGAGAUUGACUCCAUUAAAGGAACCAAGGCAGACUUGGAACGUGCCCGAUUCGAACUCGAAAAAGCUCAGCGCGAAGGAGACUUUGCCAAGGCUGGCGAGUUGAGAUAUGCCACCAUUCCCGAGCUCGAAGCCAAACUACCCAAAGAGGGCGCCGAACAAGACCCUGAAAACCAGACACUAAUCCAUGACUCUGUCACUGCAGACGACAUUGGAAACGUCGUCUCCCGAACCACAGGCAUUCCAGUCAACAAGCUCAUGGCUGGAGAUGUGGAGAAGCUGAUCCACAUGGAAGACACUCUCCGCAAAUCUGUUCGUGGCCAGGAUGAGGCCUUGUCCGCUGUUGCAAACGCUGUGCGUAUGCAAAGAGCAGGCCUCAGCGGAGAGAAUCGUCCUCUUGCAUCGUUCAUGUUCCUUGGUCCCACUGGUGUCGGAAAGACCGAGCUUUGCAAAAAGAUGGCGGAGUUCCUUUUCUCCACAGAGAGUGCGGUCGUUCGAUUUGACAUGAGCGAGUUCCAAGAGAAGCACACAAUCAGCCGUCUGAUUGGCUCGCCUGCUGGUUAUGUUGGGUAUGAUGACGCCGGUCAGCUUACCGAAGCUGUCAGACGGAAGCCCUACGCUGUCCUCUUAUUUGAUGAAUUUGAGAAAGCUCACCGGGACAUUUCUGCUCUGCUUUUGCAGGUCCUCGACGAAGGUUUCCUGACAGACUCCCAGGGCCACAAAGUAGAUUUCCGAAACACUUUGAUCGUCCUCACAUCGAAUCUUGGUGCCGACAUCCUGGUUGGCGCUGACCCAUUGUACUCGAUCAAGGACACCGAUGAAUCAGAACUCUCACCCAAGAUCAAGUCAGCCGUCAUGGAUGUUGUCCAAGGCGCAUACCCCCCCGAAUUCAUGAACCGAAUUGAUGAAUUUAUCAUCUUCAAGCGCCUGUCCAAGGAUGCCUUGCGGGAUAUUGUCGACAUCAGAAUCAAGGAACUACAAGCACGUCUCGACGACCGUCGCAUGACCCUUCAAGUUGAUGAUGAAAUCAAGGACUGGCUGUGCGAGAAGGGCUAUGACCCAAGAUUCGGUGCUCGACCUCUGAACCGUCUUAUUGCCAAGGAGAUCGGGAAUCGUUUGGCAGACAAGAUCAUCCGUGGUCAAGUCGUGUCUGGCCAGACUGCACGGGUGUCCCUCGAUGAAGCCAAGACAGGGUUGAUUGUGGCCCCUCAAGAGUAA